UCUCAUCCUACUUUCUCUCACGAGAAUCCUGUGAAAUCUUCUCCUCUCACGCGCAUUUGGUUCUUGCGCCACAGUUUUCUAGGGUUUCUCUCUUUUUCUGAUUUAACAAUCAUAUAUUCUCUGAUUAUUGGAGGUUGAUAUUAAUUUAUUCGGGGAUAGACAGAUUUAAACCAAUUCAAAAAGUUUGAUAUCAUCCAGGUGAAUGAUCUAAUGGAGUCUAAAGGUGGUAAAAAGUCUAGUAGUAAAUCCUUACUCUACGAAGCACCCCUCGGCUACAGUAUUGAAGACGUUCGGCCAAACGGUGGAAUCAAGAAGUUCAGAUCAGCUGCUUACUCCAACUGCGCUCGCAAACCAUCCUGACAUUCCUUGAGCUUCUCUCCUGCACGUGCCUCCUGACACAAAAAAGAAAAAUUCCCAAAAAAAAUUUCCUUCUGUCAAUUGUUUUUGUUGUUAAACCCUCACUCCUUUUCCUCAAUUUCUUCCUUCUUCUGCUGCUUUCUGCUCUUACACUCCUUGGCUGUGAACAAUUUCCUUUAAAAGAUCAUUUGUUGCUGUGAACAUAUUUUCAUCAUGGAAGUGGCAUUACCAGUUUCUGCCAUAGGCUUUGAAGGUUAUGAGAAGAGGCUUGAAAUUUCCUUUUUUGAACCUGGCCUUUUUGCUGAUCCUGAAGGAAAAGGACUUCGAUCUCUGUCAAAAGCACAAUUGGAUGAGAUUCUAGGACCUGCUGAGUGCACCAUAGUUGAUUCUCUUUCUAAUGAGUGUGUUGACUCCUAUGUCCUCUCUGAGUCGAGCCUUUUCAUUUAUUCUUACAAGAUAAUCAUCAAGACCUGUGGUACCACAAAGUUGCUUCUCUCAAUUCCUGCCAUUCUGAAGUUGGCUGAUACCCUUUCACUCGAAGUACAAGCUGUGAAGUAUACCCGUGGGAGUUUCAUUUUCCCUGGUGCUCAGUCGUUUCCUCAUCGUCACUUCUCUGAAGAAGUUGCUGUUCUUGAUAGCUACUUUGGAAAGCUUACUUCAGGCAGCAAAGCUGUGAUUUUGGGCAGUCCUGAUAAACUUCAAAAAUGGCAUGUUUACUCUGCCUCGGCUGGACCUACUCAGUCUAAGAACCCUGUGUACACUCUUGAGAUGUGCAUGACUAGUUUGGAUAGGGAGAAGGCUUCUAUAUUUUACAAGACUGAAUCUAGCUCGGCAGCUCAAAUGACUAUUAGAUCUGGCAUAAGGAAGAUCCUUCCCAACUCUGAUAUAUGCGAUUUCGAGUUUGAUCCUUGUGGUUACUCCAUGAAUUCUAUUGAAGGAGCUGCACUUUCUACUAUUCAUGUUACACCUGAAGAUGGUUUUAGUUAUGCUAGCUUUGAAGCAGUUGGAUAUGAUUUUAACUCCUUGAGUCUGGGGGCACUGGUUAAGAGGGUACUGGCAUGUUUCCAGCCUGAUGAAUUUUCUAUUGCUUUGCAUGCUGAUGUUGCUCUUGAGCUACUCGAGAAUACAUGCUCUCUCGAUGUUAAGGGCUACUCUCUUGCUGAGUGGAGCCCAGAAGAACUUGGUAAGGGUGAUUCUAUUGUCUACCAGAAGUUUGCUAGGAGUUCUUUCUGUGGGUCUCCAAAGUCUGUUCUGCAGGACUGCUGGAAAGAGGAAGAGAAAGAAGAAAAGGAGUGGUGUUGAGGGUCGUUCAGUUCAAUUACUGGUGUUGUUUCUGGAUGUUUCUGGUGUCUAGUUGUGGUAUUGCUCCUUGUUUCUCCAAAUAAUGGACUUCAUGUCCUGGUUUUCUGUUUUUUUGGAAUCCGUGAUGAAAAUUGUGCUAAGUUUGGCUCUUUGGUUCUCUACUAGAAGCCCCAUUGCUUGUAUUUUGGAUUAAAACAGCAUUUGAUUGUUCUCAGUCCACCAACUUAAAAAUUUGAUUUUUGCUCUUUUGUUGGCAUUU